AUGGUGCGACGCAUUUUCCGCUUUGAUGAAGCUAGUCUGAACUCAAGUUCCAGUUCCAGUAAUAUAGCUUCGCCUUCGUCUAGUAGUUCAUUCGGAACUAGUAGUACUGGGAUUCUAAAUCCUACGAAUCAAUCUACUACGACUAUUGGCGAUUUUAGUCUUCGGUCGUCCAGUACUCAGGUUGAUGGGAGUGUUUCGAGUAUUUUGAAUAAUCAUGGUAUUUUUGAAGGUCUGGACCCUACUACUUCUACGACUUUUGAAAAUAUAGCAGACCACCUAAGGGGUGAAAUCUUUGAGUCCGUUCAAAAAGUCUUCAAAAAUCAUUGUUCAGAUGAAAACAAAUUACUCGCAAUCACAGAAAAUUUGCAUAAUGAUGAUGACAACACGGGUUUUCUCGGAGAAAUUUUAGAACAUUUAAAAGACAAACAGGGUGAGCACUAUGACUUUGCCCUAAAACAAUUUAACGAGAUUGUAGGGGGUUCAGCCUAUUCCAAUGCAGUGAAUACGAAUAAUGCAGUGAAUACGAAUGCGGAUCUCUUAGAAAGCCCACUUGAUCAAUUUGAGAUUGUGCCAUUGAUUCCUAUGAAAAUUGGAAACUUCUAUUUCUCAUUCACAAAUCCAUCUUUUUUUAUGCUACUAACUCUCAGUUUGGUCCUACUUUUGGUUUAUUUUGUUACUAAAAAGGGAGGAGGAAACUCAGUACCAAAUGCUUGGCAAUCCUUGGUAGAGCUUAUUUAUGAUUUCGUGCUGAACCCGGUAAACGAACAAAUAGGUGGUCUUUCCGGAAAUGUUAAACAAAAGUUUUCCCCUCGCAUCUCGGUCACUUUUACUUUUUCGUUAUUUUGUAAUCCCCAGGGUAUGAUACCUUAUAGCUUCACAGUUACAAGUCAUUUUCUCAUUACUUUGGGUCUCUCAUUUUCGAUUUUUAUUGGCAUUACUAUAGUGGGAUUUCAAAAAAAUGGGCUUCAUUUUUUAAGCUUCUUAUUACCCGCGGGAGUCCCGCUGCCAUUAGCACCUUUUUUAGUACUCCUUGAGCUAAUCCCUUAUUGUUUUCGAGCAUUAAGCUCAGGAAUACGUUUAUUUGCUAAUAUGAUGGCCGGUCAUAGUUCAGUAAAGAUUUUAAGUGGGUUCGCUUGGACUAUGCUAUGUAUGAAUGAUCUUUUCUAUUUCAUAGGGGAUCUUGGUCCUUUAUUUAUAGUUCUUGCAUUAACCGGUCUGGAAUUAGGUGUAGCUAUAUCACAAGCUCAUGUUUCUACGAUCUUAAUCUGUAUUUACUUGAAUGAUGCUAUAAAUCUUCAUCAAAGUGCUUAUUUUUUUAUAAUUGAACAAAAGCGAGUCUGA